AUGGGAUCACCUGAUAGGCUGAAAACCUCCUUAAAGAAUAGUGAGAAGGAUAAGGUACUCGGCCGACGAUACAGGGUGGUGGGUGGGGAGUGGCAAAAUUCUAACGAUGCAGGGCCCUCAGUGGCUGAUCACUGCCGUGACGGCGGAAAAGCUAGCAAGGCUGGUACUACUCCAUAUGGCGUUAGGGAAGAGCUGCCGUGCCAACCUCCACCACUACCCCUUCCUCCACCCCAGACUGAGCAGUGGCCUGGGAGCUCAGCGUUGACUCCUCUGAAAGUGAAACCUGUUGGUGAUAGACAGUACGCUGAUGAUGUUCGCAGCUCUGUGUCAACUGCUGCAACCACAGAGAGUUCCUGUGGGACGAGGGCUAUAGUCAUACCGUGGCAACCUCGAAGGGCACAGCCGUUGAAGGCAGAGGGCGGUAUGGUAAGGCGGUUCGAUGAUGCCGUGGUGGCGAACGAGGCUGGGGGUGGACGCGCCGCACCUGAGAAAAAGCGGAAGAAGAAAAGAAGGGGAAAGCCCAAGCCUAAGGAGGGCAAUAAUGGAAUAGACUCAGACUGGGAGUGGAAUGAUGCCCAGGUAGGCCACACGGACGGAGGGAUGCCCGAUGAGGCAGAACGGACGUGUCCCGUGAGGGGCUGCCAUGAGACCAUCCUUACGUUGAACCUGGAUAGUCACAUACUGGCCCGGCAUCAGGGUAGCAGUCAUGCUGCUGAUAUCAGAAGGAGGUAUGAGAACGAGAGAGCCUUCAGGGAGAGGAAGGAGAAACCUGCAGAGGAGCGCCCUAGGAUUGCUGGAGUCAGGUGCCCGACACCCUUGGUUGGGAUCUUGCUGGCCCAUGGGUCAACGUCCUUGGUCUCGGCGAACUACCGUCCCCAUCCUGAGAUCGAAAAGGCUCUAGCAGAGGUUGGUCCUGAACAGCGUCAGCAGGCUCAGCAGGACUGGACUCUGGCACGGAUUUGUGCAAGGCUGGUAUGCAGUUGUCGUAUUGAGCGCAUCGGGAAGAUGAGGGAGAGGAGUCUUGUGGAGCUGCUCGGUCGGGUGCAUCAGUCCGUUACCUCCAACUUACCGAAGUCGAAGAGGAAUGGUAAGCUAGGGCCUAUAAAAGAGGCCAUGUGUAAAACCUAUAGACAGCGAACGUUGUCGGUAGACCUGAGGGCCACUGUGCUGCUGCUAUGGCGCUACUCGGAGAAGUUGACUUGA